AUGUACAAGGAACUUAGCGAUGAUAUGUUGACCACUAACCCAAUUCAUCCAAACACGCGCACGCACGUGUCAUCGCCGGACGUCGGUUGUAUCUUCCCGGACGUCGAUCCGUUUUCGCCGGUCGCCAUGAAGUAUAACAGGGACAUGCCGAAGGUUACGUGCAAGGGGAAGGAUUGGGUCGAGUGCAAUAUGUCAGAAUGUUAUGUUAAAAAGGAGAUAUUGGAUACAAAAAGGGACAUCACCUGCGUAUACAAAGAUAUCAUAUACAUAGAUGAUGAUAAUUAUAAAAUCGGUGAUGGAGUCAAGUUGUCUGGUGAUGAAAAGUAUAUACUCAAUCAAAGUGAUUACUUUAAAGUGUCGUGUUUUGGCUACGAUAAGAAGGGUUUCGGCCUGUUGUCUCACAGAUGGCAGGGCUACAUAGCCGGCGUGCGCCAGGUGAACCGCAGCGUUCCCGCCUCGCGUGAGAACAGCCUAAACGUGCUCAUACUGGGCUUCGAUUCGACGUCGCGUAACGGCUUCGUGCGCAAGAUGCCUAAGAGUUAUAGGGUGUUGGUGGACGAACUGGGAGCGGUGAUCAUGAAUGGGUACAACAUAGUGGGGGACGGCACGCCGGACGCGCUGUUCCCCGCGCUGUCGGGGCGCCACGAGUGGCAGCACGCGAGCGCGCGCCGCGUGCACACGCGCGCCAAGCUCGACCCCGAUCUGUUCAUAUUCAAAGAGGCCGCGGACGAUGGCUAUCAAACCGCUUACUACGAGGACAUGCCGUGGAUCGGCUCCUUCCAAUACCGAUACAAUGGCUUCUCGAAACGUCCCGCGGACCACUACCUGCGCCCGUUCCUCAUGGAGGAGGCGAAGGCCGGGACGAAAUGGUGGACCGGCACGAGGAAGCGGUACUGCAUCGGGGCGAAGCCGCAGUACAAAGUCUUGCUCGAUCUGACCAAGCAGUUCAUAAGCAUCAAAUCGAAGACGUUCUGCUUCACGUUCAUAGCGGACAUCAGCCACGACCAGUUCGAUCUGAUCUCCACGGCCGACGACGACCUGGUGGACUUCAUGCGACAUCUGAAGGACUCCCACGUCCUCAAUAACACUCUGUUCAUUUUGAUGGGAGACCACGGGCCGAGAUUCUCGGAGAUGCGGCGCAACACGUACCAGGGCAAAAUGGAGGAGCGCAUGGCGUUCAUGGCCGUGACCCUGCCCCGGGACCUGCAGCUGGAGAGACCCCGGGCCGCGGCCCACCUGCGGGCCAACAGCCAAGUGCUGACGACCCCCUUCGACGUGCACACCACGGCGCUGGACGCCAUGGGGCUCCGCCUUCGCGCCAGCAACUUUACCGUCGCGGGCAGUCGUAUGCUGCGCGGCCUCAGCAUGUUGGAACCGAUAGCGUCGUCCCGCACGUGCGAGGACGCGGGCGUGCUGCCGCACUGGUGCGUGUGCGCCAACGUGCGCUGGCGCGACGUCGGCGCCACCGACGCCGCGUACAAAGCGCUCGCUGCCGCGCUCACGGAAUUCAUCAAUAACGCUACCGCCAGCAAGCGAGAGUUGUGCGCGGCGCGCGAGAUCGUGUCGGUGCGGUGGGUGGUGCGGCGCGACCGCAGCGGCGCCGCGCGGCGGGACAGCCACGCGUACUAUCAGAUGAUGGUGGUGAUGAGUCCGAAACGCGCCGCCUUCGAAGCGACAAUCAGGCACAACGUACUGACGGACCAGUACAUUGUCAGCGAUCGUGAUAUAUCUAGGAUAUCUGCAUAUGGCAAGGAGCCAGCGUGUCUGAAUGGUACAAGCCCACAUUUGGAUAAAUUCUGUUAUUGUAUCAAAUAG